AUGGCGCACAAAGCACAUGGAGCUGAAGAUUCGACCGCAUCCGUGUCGGAGCCUAGAGAAGCGAGGGCUGCGAAAGCCUGCCUUUCAUGCCGUUCGCGCAAGGUCCGUUGCGAUGUAGCAAAGGCCAGCCAACCUUGCACCAAUUGCCGCAUGAAUAGUCAGAAAUGUCUUGUCGUCUCAAGAGCCUCCAGGCUGUCGACCUUGAGCUGGCAGCGAAAGCGAUCUCAACAGAAUGCGGAGGCCCAGCCUGCGGCAUCGAAUUCCUCCAACUCUAGCCCAGACUGUGGAGCAGGAAUUCUGGGCGGUAACUACAACAUCAGCAAUGAUCCCAGUUUUUCUCCUCUCAAUGUGCAGCCGUCAUCAAUCCCCUACUAUGACGAGUGCUCGGAGGCUCCAAAACCUGUAGCUAGAUCGACUGUUCUGUACUCACAUUUCCCGUUCCUCGCCAUUGGCAAUAUUCAUAUGAUCCCUGCCGAGGACUUGAACUUUCUUGAACUUCAGGGAUGCCUACAUAUCCCCAUGCAGCAAUUCAUUGACGACUUUGUUCAGCAAUACUUCUUGUACGUGCAUCCGUUCAUGCCUCUCAUUGAUGAGGGUGAGUUUUGGGAAGCCUACCGUCGGAAUGGGGUUCUUGCAACUUCGGUUCCAGCUAUGCCGCUUCUGGUCUUUCAGGCUAUGCUCUUCAGUUCGUGCACUUUCGUCCCACUGUCCAUCAUCAGGGGUUUAGGAUAUCCCGAUCUUCUCUCUGCUAGGGCAGCUUUCUACCGGAAAGUGAAGCUUCUUUAUGACAUGAAUACCGAGACAUCACCGCUUUACUUAGCACAGACCGCCCUGUUGCUGAUGGCCUGGGUACCACAAGACAACUUGCUCCUCAAUCCAUUUCGAACUUGGCUUGGACUAGCUAUACAACAUGCCAGAAGCAUAAACGCAGAUUGUCUGAUAGAUUCUGCACAAUCACCAACACAGGUAACUGAUGCCCAAGAUACAAAUCCGCAGGCCCUUCGGCGCCUUUGGUGGUGCUGCGUCAUAGCGGACCGCAUCUCUCCUCUUUGUGCACAUUAUGACCAGCAGAUAACUCGAGACGACUACAACUUUGAGACUGCCAAACCAUUGAACAGAACAGAUCUUGCCGACGAAAUGUUCAGAUCCUGCGUUUACUCAGCGGCCAGCAAAAAGAAACUCCUAGAAAUAUUUGAGACAUUCAUGGACCUUAACAUCAUCUUGACCGAUAUCCUUCCCCUUGUAGCCCGUCAUCAGGACUCUAUGAGAUCGAGGAGAAACUUGGAACUAGGGGUAGGUACAAAUUUCUCUCAAUAUGAAAGGAAUCUAGAAUCCUGGUUCGCUAGAGCCACCAGCAUUCACCCACCAUUUGCCGACACAUGCGUAAAUGGAUCCAGUGAGAAGGAUAGUAUUGGUGAGCUCGACAAGUCCGUAGUACUCCAUACAAACCUAUUGUAUAUUUACUAUCAUUACGCCAAGGCGUCCCUUGACAACUACAGGCUUCAAUGCUGCGUCUCACUGGCAUUCACUCGAGAAAUAGACACUGUGGCGUACUCAGACGAAGUAUCCAAGCUGCGAAAUGCACUGCAAAACUCAAUGUCAAGUACGACUUCACUUCUCGAGGAACUAGUCCAGAGGCGACUGGCUAGGUGGUUGCCUGUCGGAGUUCUUGCAUGCGUUGCCAUGCCAUUUGCACUUCAAGUAAUCAAUAUGCGGCUCAACGCCAGCACCGCUAAUUUCGGCGCAGAACGACCAAAAGGCACUGGCGCUAAGGAAGAGACUACAUCAGCUCUGCGGGAGACCAUGAAAUUAUUAUCUCCUCAGUAUAACGGCGUAGGUCUCAUCGAACAGGCUGUCGAGCAGGUGGCACGCAUGGUUCAGCAGACGAGCGCCAUAUCCUCACUUUCUGCCUGGCCAGAGUUUUUGACGCAUUCCCCAAGCCAGUACUUGCGGGUAGUGUCAGUGAUCGACCAAUGUAUACGUGAGGGGAAGGUCGCCGGUGAAAAUGACAUGCGGGCCUGGCUCGAAUCUGAGGUGUCCAAGCACAGUCACAACCACGACCUCGUCAUGCACGACACCCCGUCAUCGUGUUCUCAAAAACGACAGGCGCCGAGCAGAGCAACUGCAACCGUGGAUCAUCAAUCCUUUGCAUCGUGGCAAGAGUGUAUACACGCUCCGCAGGAAACUGAUGAUAGCUCGGCGAUGCCUUUUGGACUGAUAUUGGCGGACUUUGAAGUGGAAUAA